AUGGCCGGCUCGUCACAAACGAAGAUGAUGCUGCAGACGGGUUGUUGCAGGCAGCGACAGGCUCUCGAGCGUCGGCCGAGGGAAAAACAGGGAAGACGACACGAAGGAGCGAGAUGGAGACGAGAAAGACGAGGCAAAGACAAAGACGGCGAUGAAGGUGAAGAUGGAGACAAAGAUGGAGACGGAGAUGGGGAGCGAGACGAGCGCCGUCCGAGCAAUGUCAAGAGUGGAGCCGCCCUUUAG